AUGACGGAAAAAGCCAAUCCAAUUUAUGUAUCAUCGAAGGAUACAGCGGAACAUAUUCUUGAUAAAUAUGAUAACUUCUUAUUAGAUUGCGAUGGUGUAAUUUGGUUAGAUGAACAUUUAAUACCUGGAGUUGUAAAAUUUUUAAAUUAUUUAACAGUUCAUAAUAAGAAAUAUACAUUUGUUACAAAUAAUUCAUCAAAAUCACGUCAACAAUAUAUUGAAAAAUUCAAAAGAUUAGGAUUACCUGAUAUUACUAAAGAAUCAAUUUAUCCAACUUGUUAUUCAGCUGCUUUGGAAGUAAAACGUUUAAAUAUACCAAUUGGAUCUAAAAUUUGGUGUUUGGCUGAUGACGGUGUUAAGCAUGAAUUAGAAGAUAUGGGUUAUAUUGCUCUUGGGGUAAAUGAUCCAAAACUCAAUGAACUUAAUUUAGAAAGUCCAAUUUUAAUACCAGAUCCAGAAGUAAAGGCAGUUGUUGUUGGUAAUACGUUCAGUUGUAAUUAUAUGAGAAUAGUUUCAACCCUUCAAUAUUUAUUAAACAAAGAACUUCCGUUUAUUGCUUGUAAUUGUGAUAGAACAUAUCCUGGACCAGCUCUUCCUGGGCAGUCAACACCUGUUGAGUUAGCUGCUGGAGGGUUUCUUGUUAAUACUGCUUCUUGGUUAUCUCAAAGAACUGAUUAUAUUGAUACAGGAAAGCCAAGUCAAAUUUUUCUUAAUUUAAUUUUGGAACACAACCAUUAUGAUAGAAGCAAGACUAUAAUGGUAGGAGAUACUUUAUAUACAGAUAUAAAAUUUGGUAAUGAUGGUAAUUUGGGAGAUGGUCAAUCUUCUUUAUUGGUUUUAUCAGGUGGUACUUCAUUGAAUGGGUUGAAACAAGUUGUAGCUGGUAAAGAUGAAAGUUUAAUUCCACUGUUUUAUGUAAAAUCGUUAGGUGAGCUUGUUGAUCUCGUUGAUUGA